AUGUCAGACACGUCGCUGGAUGUGCCCGUAAGCCGCAACAAGCUGGACCGGAACCGCUUCUCCAUCACCGGCGCGGCGAAUCUAUCUCUUGACGAUGUCGAAGCUGUCCAUGUUCAGCUUCGGGGACUCGCAAUCGAGGUUGAUACAUCUCCGUCAUGGUUCGACCCCUCGACGUAUCCCGAAUUGUUCUCCUCGGGGUUCAAAUCGGUGCCUCGCAUCAAGACUCUCCUGCACUCAGCUGAUGCAGAUCUGAAGCCCGGAACUCUGACGGCCAUCAUCGGAGGUAGCGGGUCGGGCAAGACGACGCUGCUCAAUAACCUCGCCGAGAGGGUUGUCAGCUCGAGGCUGAGCCAACGAGGCCUGGCAACGUUCAACGGAAAAGUUGGCGUCAACAGUGUUCGACAUGCCUAUGUGAUGCAGCAGGACAUUCUGCUCCCGACUCUUACUGUCCGGGAAACAUUAAGAUACUCGGCUGAUCUUCGACUGCCGCCGUCCACCAGUGCCGAGGAUCGUGAAAGAAUUGUCGAGGAAGUCAUCCUCGAGCUGGGCCUCAAGGAAUGCGCAAACACCCGCAUAGGAAACAGCCAACACCGAGGUUGCUCAGGAGGCGAGAAGAGACGCGUGAGCAUCGGUGUCCAGCUCUUGGCGAAUCCAUCUGUCCUGUUUCUCGACGAGCCCACCACUGGCUUGGACGCGACAAGUGCAUAUCAACUUGUGCGGACUCUGAAAGCGUUGGCGCAAAAGGGCAGAACGGUCAUUACCACGAUUCACCAGCCUCGAUCUGAAAUAUGGGAUCUCUUUGACAACCUCAUCGUCCUAUCCAGGGGUAGCCCCGUCUUCUCAGGCCCCGUCUCGGACUGUCUGCCAUGGUUCCAACAUCUCGGUCAUCCACUGCCCCCGUUUGUCAACCCAGCAGAAUUCGUCAUCGAUGUUGCUGCCGUAGACAAUCGCACCCCUGAGCUAGAGGCAGAAACUUCUGCUCGCCUAGAAAGCCUCAAAGCAGCAUGGAAGGUGGAGAGCGAAAGCCGAUUCCCGCCUCUGGAGGGCACUGCCGAGGUGACGACGCGGAAUAAGCACCCACAGGCGGCAACACAUGCGGGCUUCUUUCGCCAGGUGCGAAUCCUCACGGAUCGAACACUCAAAGUCACUUAUCGAGAUCCCCUCGGCAUGACCGCGUCCCUUUUGGAGGCCGUCGUCAUGGGAGUUGUGAUAGGUUAUCUCUUCUUCAACCUCGGCCGUGACCAAGCUGGCAUUCGGUCCCGCGAGGGUCUCCUCUAUACCGCAACAGGACUACAGGGCUACUUGAUCCUCAUGUUCGAAACAUAUCGAUUGACUAUUGAUAUGCCGACAUUUGAUCGCGAGUCUUCGGAGCAUUGCGUCGACGCUGCGCCCUACAUAUUGUCACGGCGAUUGGCCCGCCUCAUCACGGAGGACUUCCCGGUCCCUUUCUUAUUCUCUCUCAUCAUAUACUUCAUGGCCGGAUUCGAUCACGAUGCCGCCAAAUUCUUCACCUUCUUCAGCAUUGGCUUCGUCAACCACUUUGCCUGUAUCAUGUGUGCAUUCACAUGCGUGGUGGCGGUGCGGCACUUUCCCGGGGCAAGUCUGAUUGCCAACUUUGCUUUCACGCUGCAGAGUAUUGCGUGUGGUAUUUUCAUCCAAGUUGACACAAUCCCGGUGUAUGUGCGAUGGUUGAAAUGGGUGACUUGGUCGUUCUACACCUUUGGAGCGUAUUGUGGAAACGAAUUCCAAGGCAGUUUCUAUGACUGCCCCGAGCCAGGGGGUCCAUCUAAUCCCGCCUGCCUCCAGUACACCGGAGACUACAUCAUGUCGUCACUCGGAUUCCCCAAGAACUGGGUGGCUCGCCCAAUCGUCUGCCUCGCGUCGUUUGUAAUCUUCUUCUUCGUUUUGUCGGCUGUUGGGCUGCGGUAUAUCAAGAUUGAAAUGACCAUUGCACGGGCGCGAGUUUCAGACACGGAUUUGUCCGCCGGAAAGGAGAAGAUGACUGCUCGGUCGAUUGCAGAGGUUCGCACCAUCGAUGUUGAGCUGGAGAACUUCUCUUUGGAUCUUGACAAAAGGAAGGUCAAUGGCAAGAAGCUGCCUCGGAAGACCAUUGUCCAGCCUAUCAAUGUCAACUUCCAAGCCGGCACGUUGAACAUCAUCAUGGGCCCGUCAGGCAGCGGGAAGACGUCCCUUCUCAACUCGAUGGCACUUCGGCUUCGCAACUCUGUUGGCACCCACUACCGUCCAUCUGGCAAGAUGUCUUUUAACGGGGCCGUUCCGUCCGCCUCAGUUGUCCGAUCAGUCUGUUCCUAUGUCUGUCAGGACGACGACGCUCUGUUGCCUUCGUUGACGGUUCGAGAGACUUUGCAAUUUUCUGCCGCUCUGCGACUGCCCUCUUUCAUGAGCAAGGAAGAAAAGUCUCGUCGCGCAGAGGAGAUCCUCAUGAAGAUGGGACUGAAAGAUUGCGCAGAUAAUUUGAUCGGCAAUGACCUGGUGAAGGGCAUCUCGGGAGGAGAGAAGCGGCGAGUUUCCAUUGCUGUGCAGGUCCUCACCGAUCCUCGCAUCCUUCUCCUGGACGAGCCAACGUCUGGAUUGGAUGCCUUCACCGCGAGUUCCAUCAUGGAAGUGCUUCAAGGCCUCGCAAAUGAAGGCAGGACGCUUAUCCUGACAAUUCACCAACCUCGAUCGGACUUGUUCAAACACUUCGGCAACGUAUUGCUCCUUGCCCGUGGCGGUGCUCCCGCAUAUGCCGGCCCCGCCAAGGAGAUGCUCAACUAUUUCAAUAAACAGGGGUAUCAAUGUCCACAGCACUCGAAUCCCGCGGACUUUGCUCUAGACAUGAUUACCGUCGACCUGCAGCGAGACGACAGAGAGGCAGAGAGCAGAGAGAGAGUUGAGAAACUCAUAGAGGAAUGGAGAAGAUAUUCUUCAAGAGGAGACGCGAAGAUGUGGAAGAGCGAGGAUGUAUCGAGGCUACCAGGGAUCAACGAAACCGACGAAUUGGACGAAAAGAAGGCAUCCAGUGAAGAAGUGAACGAUGUUGCAGGCGACAAGGACGAGACCUUGCCAAAGAUUCAGCCUGCUGCCUCCCGCAGAUCCUUCAACAAGGCCAACCUUUCAACGCCGGCAGAACUCGGUGCGCUUGUCCACAGUCCAGCCUCCAUUGCCACCGCCGUGCCUCUGCUUCUGCAUCGCGCCAUCAUCAACACGCGCCGGCAGCCGCAGCUUAUCAUGGCUCGCACGAUGCAAGUCGUUGGAUUGGCCAUCAUCUUCGCCCUCUUCUUUGCGCCACUGCACCACGACUACUACUCGGUCCAGAACUGGAUGGGUUUUAUACAGGAAAUCGGCGCCUUCUAUUUUGUCGGUAUGCUGCAGAAUGUCGCAAUCUAUCCCACAGAGCGAGACGUCUUUUACCGGGAGGAUGACGACGGCGUGUAUGGCGUUGAUGCGUUUUUGCUCUCGUACACAAUCCUCGAGGUGCCCUUUGAGAUCCUCAGCUGUCUGCUCUUCGGCAUCUUGAUGUGCAUCGCAGUCGGUCUUCCCAGGACGGCGACGAUGUAUUUCGUCUCCGUCUUUGGGUGCUUCGGCAUCGUCUCGUGUGGCGAGAGCCUGGGUAUCAUGUUCAACACCCUCGUCAAUCACACCGGUUUCGCCGUCAACAUCAUGGGCAUGUUUCUCUCGAUUGCCACCGCCAUGGCGGGUAUCUUGUCCAUAGAUGCCCCCAAGGCCUUCCAGGCGCUCAACUAUCUCUCGCCGAUUCGGUAUGCGACGCGAUCAAUUGCCCCUUAUGCCUUGCGGAACGAGCAUUUCUACUGCAAGCCGGGGCAGCAGCUUGCCAACGGCACCUGUCCAAUCGAGACAGGCAAGCAGGUUCUGCAGCUGUAUGACUUUGACGACGAUCCGGUGGUGAACGUGGCAGCUUUGGCAGGGUGCUUGGUCGUAUACCGGCUGCUGGCCUGGCUCCUGUUGAGGCUGGCGAGGGCAAGAUGGGGCGGGCAUAAGAAGUAG